AACCUUGCCGCUGAAACACUGCCUCGCAGCCCUCUUCACCGAGCCUGUGCUUUCCUGACUGCUGUCUUUUUCCUUUCUGGCUCAGCUUGAGACAGAGCCUCAUACCAGGGGAGCCUCAGGUCCUUCAGGCUUUUAAUGUCAGUCAUGGAAAAACUUGAGAAUGUUUCCUGGAUCUACCAGCAGGAGCUGGAAGAUCCAUUCCAGAAAUACCUAAACAGCACUGAGGACUAUCUGGCCUUUCUCUGCGGACCUCAGCGCAGCCACCUCUUCCUCCCCGUAUCUGUCGUGUAUGCGCUGAUUUUUGUGGUGGGCAUCGUUGGCAAUCUCCUGGUGUGCCUGGUCAUUCUGCGGCACCAGGCUAUGAAGACACCCACCAACUACUACCUCUUCAGCUUGGCGGUCUCUGACCUUCUGGUCCUGCUCCUUGGAAUGCCCCUGGAAGUCUACGAAAUGUGGCGCAACUACCCCUUCCUGUUUGGGCCGGUGGGUUGCUACUUCAAGACAGCCCUCUUUGAGACCGUGUGCUUUGCCUCCAUUCUCAGCGUCACCACCGUCAGCGUGGAGCGCUACGUGGCCAUCCUGCACCCGUUCCGGGCCAAGCUGGAGAGCACCCGGCGGCGGGCCCUCCGGAUCCUCGGCGCCAUCUGGGCCUUCUCCGUCCUCUUCUCUCUGCCCAACACCAGCAUCCACGGCAUCAAGCUCCACUACUUCCCCAAUGGGUCCUUGGUGCCGGGCUCUGCCACCUGCACAGUCACCAAGCCCUUGUGGAUCUACAAUUUCAUCAUCCAGGUCACCUCCUUCCUCUUCUAUAUCCUCCCCAUGACUGUCAUCGGCGUCCUCUAUUAUCUCAUGGGGCUCAGACUGAAGAAAGACAAAUCCCUUGAGGCCAAUGAAGCAAUUGCAAAUAUUCAAAGACCCUCCAGAAAAUCAGUCACCAAGAUGUUGUUUGUUUUGGUCUUAGUAUUUGCUAUCUGUUGGGCUCCAUUCCACAUUGAUCGACUCUUCUUCAGCUUUGUGGAGGAGUGGACCGAAUCCCUGGCUGCUGCGUUCAACCUCAUCCACGUGGUGUCAGGUGUCUUCUUCUACCUCAGCUCAGCGGUCAACCCCAUUAUCUACAACCUACUGUCUCAUCGCUUUCGAGCAGCAUUCCGGACUGUGGUCCCUCCUUGCUGCAAGCGGCAAUCCCAGCAUGACAUGCAGAGACCACCUGCCCAGGGGAACAUUUUCCUGACAGAAUGCCACCUUGUGGAGCUGACUGAAUAUACAAGUCCCCAGUUCCCUGGCCAGUUGGCCCUUCAUAUCUCUCACCUCUCCACAACCCUGUGUACUGAGCAGGUACCAUGA